AUGACUCUCAGGAACCAGCCUGAUUUAUUCGGAUUCAGCAACAAAGGAACAGUUCCGCAGUCCGAGCCUACGAAGAUUUCUACUACUGCGUUGGCCACUCUUGCCUCGGCCAAUAGGUCCCCAACGUACAACAAUGCUGUGCUACAUUUGGACUUCCAAGAUGGUGCCGCUAACAUGGUUCGCGAGCUUUUCAAGGACUAUGGAUGGCCAGAUCUCGUUACUGAGAACACAGGUUUCUCGUUUCUCGAGUACAUCGACGACUUUGCCGUUGCUUCCUGCAUGACUGCCACUUUCACCGGCAUCAGCACUACCACCAACAACAACGCUCUUUACACCAACAUCGACAACUUUAAAACCCGAGUCGCCAACGACCAAAACACCCAGGACCUCUAUGCAUCCCUCGCUGGCUGCAUGAGUGGCAUCACUUUCUCUCGAACUGAGAUGUCUAACUACUUCAUCAAUUUCCCAGUUGGAAACUUUGAUGGAGUUGAUCUUGGCGCUCUCAUGACAAGUGUUGCUGACAAACAUUUCCAGAAUGCCCAAGACGCCGCUACUGCUUUUGAAGCGCAGACUGACUUCAACGACGCUUCUAACGCAUACUUGAACUCCAUGAGAGCGCUUCGAUCAGCUUUCAAGCAAUACAACGCUGGAAUAAGCAACGGCCGAAACACCGUCGAGCAGCUCAUCGACUACGCCCAACUCGCCUGGGAAUUUAUCGAGGCAGGCCUCUACGUUUAUGAGAAUGAGAUGGAGGCAUGGAAAUUAGGAGAGAGAUACUACAACGAGAUCCUUAAUAUUGAUACAAUCGUCUACAAGGAGCCACUCAGAAACGCUUGUCUUAAAAAGGUCGGCCCCUUCGGCUUGGCCCACCAGAUGAUGCGCAAUUUCUAUAGAGUCCUCUACCAUUUUGAUGUUCUCUUCCAGGUGGCAGAGAUCAGCGAGAGAUACAUUGCUGAAGCUAUCUGGGGACAGACUUUCACCGACACAUUCUAUAGCUACUGGACCCGAUAUUUUUACGAGCACUUUCAACAUAUAUCACAGUUUGGAGGUGAAGUCGAAGCCUGGACUAGCCUAGCCGCUGAAUUCCUCGACCCAUACCUCCAGGAUCCUUUCUACAACGCCAUCGCGGUUUCCUUUUGUGGAUUCGAAGAGGCAUAA